AUGUCUCUCCCUUUCAAUCUCUCUGUCUCUCUUUCGUCUUUAAUUCCCUUUUUAAAAAUUCCCCUUUUUAUUUCGAGUCUUAUUUUUAUUUAUUUCUAUUUUCUUCAUCCUCUCAUUUUUCGUCUCUCUUUUUUUUUUCUAAUUAUUCCUUUACUGUUCCCUGUUACUUUCAUAUCUUCAUUCAUAUAUUCACGUUCUUUCUUUCUUUCUUUCUUUCUUUCUUUCUUUCUUUCUAUGCUUUUUUUAUCUUUGUGCCUCUCCCUCACACUUUUUAACACACUCUAUCUCACUCUUUUUACGUUUUUUUUCUAUCGUGCCGUCCUCUCACGCCUAUUUACCACCUUUCUCUCUCUCAACGUUCUUUCUAUCAUUUUUGUCCCCCUUCACACUUAUUUAAUCUUUCGUUUUCUCUAUCCCAAUAUAUUUAAUCUCUUUCUCCACCCCCCACUUUCAUCUUUCUUUUUCUCCUCACUCUUUUAUAUAUUCACUUCCCUUUCUCUCUCUCUCUCUUGUACUUACCUUUCCAUCUCACUCACGUUUGUUGUUCCUUCCACUUAUUCUUUGUCACUAACCAACGCUAAACUACCCAACUACAACCAAAGUCCAAGAACAAACGACUCUUCCCGCCCAAAAUAG